CACCCUCCCAUCCGCAUGGUUAGAAGAUCAGCGGCAGGAGAGGCGCCCGCUUCCCCGUAUGUGAACGGCACCCCGGUGUGUUGGGAUGCAAAGUCAAGUCAGCCCACAGCCUGACAGCUCGGGCAGCUCGAAAUUGUUUCGUGUUUUUGGAGGAAAAACCUGCUCGGAUACGAUGGAGCUCCGGACAGCUGGCUGAGCAGCACCGAACGGGACUGCCGGGAGCCGUUUAAUCUGUCGCCAAACUGAGUUACACGGACCUUAAUGGUCUCCCCUCCUCUUUACUUGGAUGCAAACCGAACGCCCAUGCGACGAUGUCAGUGGAUGUUGCUGUCCUCAGAGUCCAGGUUAGGUUACAGUCAGCGAUAAUUGUUUUCGUAUUAAAAUAAAGCUGUUUCGGGCGGAGGACGCACGCAGCGACUGGAUACAAAUAUACAUUUUGCGCGCGUAAUAAUUGCCGCAUCUUAUUCUAAUUAUUCUUAUUAUUCUUAUUCUUAUUCUUAUUCUUAUUCUUAUUCUUAUUCUUAUUAUUAUUAUUAUUAUUGGAGGGUUGGGGUGUCGAUCUACUGAUAAAGGAAACAUGGAGACAGUGAAUCUCCUCAUCGCCUUUUCUCGGAUCACAGAUACUGUACUGCUGCAAUGCCUCCAUGCAAACUGAGUGUUUUCCAGCUUAUUGCCACCGUGUGACGGUUUCAGCCUCUCCUAAAGACGAAGCAGUGAACAUUUAAAAAAGAAAAAACAGCACACCUCAGCCACAAGCACUGUUGACUGGUGAUCUGGAAGUAUGCGCGCUCAGGACGCAGCAGGAGAAUGAGAAACGCUGGCAUCUCUGUUCCGUCGCCAGCGAAGAGGAGUUUCUUGUCUCACCGACCACUCGUCACCAUCACAAAUGUAGCCCAGCAGAGGCGACUGAACCAGGCCGCUGCACAGACACGGAGGCGGGUUUGGUUGCGCUCAGACUCGGCUGGAUGCUGAACAUGGUGCCACUCCGCAGCUCUCUGUUGGGUACCUGUCGCCCUUGGCUUCUCUGAUUCCCCCCUUAAGCUGUCUUAAAAUGGACGGGGCCUUUUUUGAUAAAAGCUAUUCAGGGACGCUGAAUUGCUCAGGAGUUACCAUGCAUGCAGGAUUUAGCCUUGACCGGCUUGUCGGGAUGUAGGGCGAAUAAACGCGGAUAUUUCCAAACACAAUAUACAGAAGAGAAAACAGCCCAUAUUCAUGGAGAUGGCUGGCGGGGGAGGUGCGUCUACGCUGGGCUGGAUGAGAUAUAAUGAGGACCCCUGCUCAGAGGAUUUCACUCAGCUCAUGCACAGACUGCGGUUUUUAUUGGCAGCUUAAUAGUCCAUUUCCCACAGUAAAAUUAAUCUGACAAUCAGCUGUGGUUUUAUUAUCACCUCAGACUGGUGAAGCUGUUCUCUGCAGCUCUCAGAAUCAAUGCACUAAUUCUUAAUGGGCUGAAAUUAACCACACGUGAGUUCAUUUGGGCAAAUAAUUCAAAACUGUAAUGACACAAUGAGCUCAAACCUUGUUUUUGUUGAAUCUCGGUGAACUGUGCUUAAUUCUAAUGGUGAUGUUGGAAAAUUACACUAACUAUGUAACUGUUUCAGCAGCAUAUGAGCGACCAGUGAGAGGGAUAAUUAACAGCACAUCUUACUCACUCAUCAGGACCUGAACAGACUGAAGGCAUCUCUCGAAAGGAUUUCAUCAAUUGCUGUCUCUUUGAUAAACACACAUCCAAGACUCCUGUGAGAGUUUGUGGCAGCUUCUUUGCAAGACGCAACUGGAAAUAAUCACUUUGGUUUUGGGGGAUCUGCUCUGCUGAGUGUCGUUGUUUGACCUGACAUACGUUGUCGCUGAAUGAACUUGCCUUUGGGAAUACAUGUUACUUACACACUGCGUAGCAACAGCACAGCAGCAGCGGGUGACAGGAUUUGGCACAGAUUCAACAGUGAGAUGUGGUGAUGGGGGAGAGCAGUCGCAGCUCUCUGAGCCUCUGAUCCCCUCUCCCCUCCACUGGUGGCCGAGGACACCUCGUCUCAGUCAAUGGGCCCUGUAUGGAUUUUGUGCCUGAGUUGACAGAGGGCAGGCCGACAGCGUCAAACAGCAGUCAGGCUGCCAUGAACCCAUACGGCAGAGCGAGCAGCACAGCAGCCCCCCUGUCCUGCACCAGCUGUGGGGGCUGCUGCUCACCGCCUCCCCCUUGUCUAAUCCCCCCCGGGCCUCCCUCCUCUACUACCUCCUCCUCAUCCAUUCCCCCUAAUAUGACCCCUCCGCCGCCUAUGUAUCCAGCCCCAGUCGUGCAGGUGGAGAACGGCAGCAGCUGGAACUCCUCCACCAUCUCCUCCUCGGGCUCCCCAGACUCCCACCCUGGUCACAGGUGUGGGGCGAACAACCCCAACCCCUACUGGACGGCAGUGUUUGACUAUGAGGCCACAGCAGAUGAGGAGUUGACCCUGCGGCGUGGGGACCUUCUUGAGGUCCUCUCCAAAGACUCCAAAGUGUCUGGGGAUGAGGGGUGGUGGACAGGCAAGAUCCAGGACAAGGUGGGUAUCUUUCCAAGCAACUAUGUCACAAGGGGAGACGCUGCCAGCUACCAGCAGCUGACUGCAGGCGGGUUAGUGGCAGGUGGGGUUGGUGAAUGCCCCUUGGAGAUUGACUUUUUAGAACUGCUCCUGGAGGAGGUGAUAGGAGCUGGUGGGUUUGGGAAGGUGUACAAAGGAGUGUGGCGGGGAGAGGAAGUGGCUGUGAAGGCCGCCAGGCAAGACCCAGAUGAGGAUAUUAGUGCCACAGCAGAGAGCGUUCGGCAGGAGGCCAGGCUGUUCUGGAUGCUCCGGCAUCCCAACAUUAUCGCCCUCCGCGGGGUUUGCCUGCGGGAGCCCAACCUGUGCUUGGUGAUGGAGUAUGCCAGAGGAGGGGCUCUGAACCGGGCCCUGGCUGGGAAGAAGGUUCCCCCGAGAGUUUUGGUGAACUGGGCAGUCCAGAUUGCAACAGGGAUGGACUAUCUGCACAACCAGGCGUUCGUACCCAUCAUCCACAGAGACCUCAAAUCCAGCAAUAUCCUCAUCCUGCAGCCGGUUGAACGAGACGACUUGUGUGGUAAAACUCUGAAGAUCACUGACUUCGGUUUGGCCAGAGAGUGGCACCAGACCACCAAGAUGAGCGCUGCAGGGACGUACGCCUGGAUGGCCCCGGAGGUCAUCAAGCUCUCACUCUUCUCCAAGAGCAGCGACGUGUGGAGUUUUGGUGUGUUACUCUGGGAGCUGCUGACCGGAGAGGUUCCUUACCGGGAGAUCGACGCGCUGGCGGUGGCUUAUGGUGUCGCCAUGAACAAGCUGACGCUUCCAAUCCCUUCAACCUGCCCCGAACCCUUCGCUCAACUACUGGGAGAGUGCUGGAGCCCGAACCCCCACGGCAGGCCCUCGUUCACCAGCAUCCUGAGGCGGCUGCUGGCCAUCGAGCAGUCGGCCAUGUUUCAGAUGCCUCUGGAGUCCUUUCACUCGUUACAAGAAGACUGGAGGCUGGAGAUCCAGCAGAUGUUUGACGAGCUCAGGGCCAAAGAGAAGGAGCUGAGAUCCUGGGAAGAGGCUUUGGCUCGAGCAGCCGAGGAGCAGAGGGAGCAGGAGGAGCAGCUGAAGAGGAGGGAGCAGGAGCUGGCCGAGAGGGAGAUCGACAUCGUGGAGCGAGAGCUGAACAUCAUCAUCCACCAGAUGUACCAGGAGAAGCCCAGCGUCAAGAAGAGGAAGGGCCACUUCAAGAAGAGCCGGCUACUGAAGCUGGGCAGAGACAGCAACAGCAUCAGUCUGCCCUCUGGCUUCGAGCAUAAGAUCACAGUGCAGGCAUCACCCAGUGUGGACAAGAGGAAGACCCAGGGGUGUGAGAGCACCACCCCUCCUGCCAGCCCGGGGGUCAUACCCCGACUCAGAGCCAUUAGACUGACGCCGAGUGACGGCAGUAAGACGUGGGGUCGCAGUGCUGUAUGUAAGAAGGAGGAUCUGACUGCCAACAAGAAGAAAGGACGAACCUGGGGCCCGAGCUCCACCCACCAGCGAGAGAGAGUCGGCGGGGAGGAAAAGCUUAAAUCUCUGGGUGAAGGCUGCAAAGUUUGGUCGUCCAGCGCACCAAAUCUGGGCAAAUCCCCCAAACAUGCCCCCAUGACUGCUGGCUUCUCCAGCCUCAAUGAAAUGGAGGAGUGCUGUGAGUUCGAGGAGUCACCGGGGUCCUUACAGCCCUCUGAGACCAGCAGUAACGGGGCCAUGGAGGACUCGGGGCCUCUGUGGAGCAGCCUGGGUCCAAACAUGGUGCCGGUCGUUGGUAAUACGAGCUCCUGUCAGGGGUCGGGAAGCCUAGGGACGGGGGUGAGCUACCAGGACUCGCUUCGUCGCUGCAGCCAGAGGAAGAAGAGCGACAUGCUGCUGCUGGGUUGUGCCUCUCUGCUCGCCUCCGUGGCUCUGGGUCAAGACCUGCUGCAGCUGGGAAAACUGCAGGUGCUUCAGGAUGAGCAGGACCUCCGAGAGGAGCAGCGUAAGAAGAAGGAGGGUCUUUUCCAGCGAACCGGUCGUUUCCGUCGCAGCACGUCCCCCCCCAGCAGAAACCUCUCCCUGUCCCUCUCCAGACAUCACGACUCCACGCUUCCCUGCUUGGACCCGUCUCCCUCCGUGACACUCCUCUCUUUGUCGUCUCUGUCCGACUGCAACUCCACCAAGUCCCUCCUCCCCUCAGACCCGGACGAGUACCCUCUGACCCCGAUGACGGGGGUCAAAACGCCGGCAGCGCCUCCAGCUCCGGCCCUCAACCCGCUCCUGGACCUGCGGGCUGAGAGCUUCAAGAAGGAGCCCAACCAGUCGCUGACGCCGACCCACGUGUCUGCAGCCAUGGCCCUGAACCGAGGACACAGACGGACCCCUUCAGACGGGGCGAUACGACCCCGAGCCCAAACUCUGGGACACCGCAGGACGCCGUCAGACGGCAGCAUGCCCAUGCCUCCUCCACCGGGAGCACACAUCACAACUAACAAAGUUACAUACGACACUCUGGACAUCCCUCGACUCCCGGAUCCCUCCACCAUCUUCCCUGUCCCCCAUCGGCGUAAAGCUCCAGCUCCUCCCAUCCCCGACCCGGACGCUCUCUGCCUCAUCAGCCCCCUGGAGAGACCCAAGACGCUGGAGUUCGCCCCCCGGCCGCGGCCCACCCCGGCCCGGAUAAGGCCGGACCCCUGGAAGCUGGGAUCUCUCUCCCGGACCCUGAGCUCGUCGCCGGGCAGCAGCUGCGACAGUCCGCUGGGUUCAGGCGACAGCAGCGCCAGCGCCGCCCGGCCCAACCUGAUGGACAUGGACAUGGAGGGCCAGAGUUCGGACCCCACCGUCCCUCUGUGUGGGCAGCGGCAGCCUGCAACUCUGUGCGGACAACAAUACUCAUAGUGAACGUUGUUUUUUUUGCAUUCAGAAUUGUGUUCCGACACUUCUGAGCUUAAGCUGAAGGAGGAACGCCUACUGAUGUCUGAGCCGAGCAAAGUGCACUCACUGAAGUCUGCAAAAACAUCCCACUUCUUGUCAUGUUUUUUAGGCACUUACUGGAAGCCAUCACUCUUGUGUGCCCUUUUAGUGUCCUAAUGAGGUGUGAAUCCCUCACAGCAAGCCAUUCCCUGCUAGUGCUCACUAACCUGCACGACACUGAGGGUCCUAGAGGCCUUUUAAAAGCCUUGUAGAGUGUUCACCCACCCACCUUACCCUACUUUACCCUUCCUUUUUCUCCCUACUUGGAAACCUUCUCUGCCUGCUUCUUAGCACUUCAUGACCGGAUCACAUUUCCUUCAAUACUUCUCAAAAGCCAUUCAAGCACUUACAAAGCCACUUUUUUGACUUUGCUAACUGGUCAUUUUAAUCCAUUCGCUUGUGCUUUUGCUUGUCUGUGUAGCGUCUCACUUUCUGCUUGCAUCCUUCACGCUUUAAAAGACCAGAAAAGUCCUCAUCCACCUUUCAGGAGUGUUUCCCUGAUAAAAAAAAAGAGGAGCUGGACUGUCUAAAAUUCUUAAUAGAGUGUCCUUGUUCUUAUUUUGCACACCAUUUGUUCUGCCGGUGCACAAACAUCUCCCAUAAAGUCCCCUUCAUCAGCUCUGCCUUCAUCCUCACGUGUCAUCGUCCUUUUCCCUCCAACACUGAGGCAGGGAAAAAAAAGCCUUUUUAUUCCUCACAGCACCGGUGGAAUGGUUCAAUCCUCAGCCUUCAAAAAAGUUUGAUUUUCUCACCAUCCCUGCUGCGACCUGUUAGAAAAAAUGUUUUUUCUAUUGCUUUUGGCAGCCCAGGUGUGUUUCUCCAUGUGUGAAUGUGUAUAUAAUACUGUACAUGUGUGGACGAGCAAUAUGUUUCUGCGUGCUGGUGCUUUUUCAGUGCAUGUUAUUUUACGUGUGGAUGGUUUCGCCGGACGCAGCAUCUCUUCCAAGUAAGACCGCUGGUUGCUAGGCAGGUUCUCAUCCAUUUUUUUUGCAUUUCUUUGACAAAAACAUUCCUCGUAGUAGCACUUCUCUUUGGAUCCUGCUCAUGCCACUGCAAGGGACACAAAGCAGGAAUCAUCAACCUCUUUCCCAACUUCCCAUUCUCUCCUCUGACCUGCUGUGUUCAAACAUCAGUGGCAGCUGGUUAGCCUCUGUGUGGAUGAGUGGACUCAAAGCGCUCUAGUCACGGCUGACAAAUCAACUUUUAUCUCCGGAGUUGUUUUCGUACAGUGGACAUCCUGGAUGCAGAUGGUAUUUACUUGACUGUGCAAGUUUCUCUAGGUGAGUGUGUGUGAGCGUGGAUUUGAGUGUAUGUGUGUGUGUGUGUGUGUGUGUGUGUGUUGUUUGUUAUUUGUAUGGGAUGCUGACAAUCCCGUUGCUAGAAGAGUGAGCCCGAACUCAUUCUCCUCGUGUGGUCAAGAACACUGAGUAUUUAUUAAAUUUAUUGUUAUUAAUGGGAAAAGAUUAAUUAUUAUUAUUAUUAUUAUUAUUAUUAUUAUUAUUAUUAUUAUUAUUAUUAUUACAAUGCUCUUCCUGGGAUAUCUGUAUAUAUUUGUUAACAUAACAGGAAAAACCAAGGAAAACCUGGGAAACUGCUCACUGAAACAUCCAUGUUGUGUUCAGUCUCAACCUGUGACGUUUCUGGGUUCCAUGAGGAGUAAGUGUGAAUUGUGAUGAAUGAGAGAUGAAUAAAAGAAACAAAGAAAGAA